AUGGAAGUAGCAGCUUCCUCUCCGAACGACUGCCCGCCGCCGUCGGUUCCUGAACUUGAAUCGGAAUUGAACGCGAAACGCAGACUGGCGGAUCGCGCGGAAUCCUCCACCAAGUCGUUGCCAGCUGAUGACACAGAAAAAGGAAAUGCAACGACUGAGACGAAGCCGCCAGAAAAGCCAUCGAUUCGCUCACAAGUGAACAAACAACAAGUUUCUGAAUAUGCUGGCGGUAAGCAGCCUAACAAACGAAACAGGAGGGAAGACUGCUGCAGCAACUGCUGCAGCACCAACGGAAGCAGCAGCAACAACAGCUGCUGCGCCAGAGGGAAGACUGCUGCAGCAACUGCUGCAGCACCAACGGAAGCAGCAGCAACAACAGCUGCUGCGCCAGCAGCAGCAGCGCCAGCACCAGCAGCGCCAACAGCUGCAGCACCAGCAGCAGCAACUCUAACAGCCGCAGCGCCAACAGCCGCAGCGCCAACAGCCGCAGCGUCAACAGCUGCAGCAGCAACAGCUGCAGCACCAAAGGCUGCAGCAGCAAAAGCAGCAGCAGCAGCAGCAGCAGACUCCAGCGUGCGUAAAGCUACACAAAAUGCAGCGGGGGGAUCGUCUGGUGGUGACGCGGCUGCUGCAGCCCCCGAAGCAGCAGCAAAGACAACGAAGGGAAAAGCAGCAGAAGUAGCAGCAGCUGAUGUAGCAGAAGUAGCAGCAGCAGCUGCAGCAGCAGCAGCAGGAGAAGCAACAAAAGCAGCAGCAGCUCCUGGAGCAGCAGACCCACAACGCAAAUCACCAUCUGAAUCACCACCCAAACCAACAGAAACGGGAAAGGCAGCAGCACCAGCAGCAGCAGCAGCAACAGCAGCAGCAGCAGCAGAUCCGAAAGGAUCGCCGCCUGCAGCGGUAGCAGACGCAGCAGACACAUCAGCAGACACACCACCAGCAUCAGCAGCAGCAUCAGCAGCUGCAGAAGCAGCAGAAGCAGCAGCAGCAGAAGCAGAUCCCGCUGCUGCAGUUUCAGAGCCGCAGCAGAAACGAAGGAAAGUGGGGAAGCAUGUCUCCACAGCGUCUGCUAUAAAGCAGCAGCAGCAGCAGCAGCAGCAGCAGCAGCACAAGCAGCAGCAGCAGCAGCAGCAGCAGAAGCAGAAGCAAACUCGGGCAGUGUCACCUAGUGCAGACAGUGCUGCAGCUAGCAGCAGCAGGGGGCGGAAGGAUGCAGCAGCAAAGCAGCAGCAAGCAGCAGCAGCAGCAGCAAAGCAUGUCUCCCCAGCGUCUGCUGUAAAGCAGCAGCAGCAGCAGCAGCAGCAGCAGCACAAGCAGCAGCAGCAGCAGCAGAAGCAGAAGCAAACGAGGGCAGCGUCACCUAGUGCAGACAGUGCUGCAGCUAGCAGCAGCAGGGGGCGGAAGGAUGCAGCAGCAAAGCAGCAGCAAGCAGCAGCAGCAGCAGCAGCAACUAAACAACAGAAACAAAAACAAACAGCAGCAACAAAAACAACAAAAACAACAACAAGCAGACAGCAUAAAACGAACUCCCGCUCGACACCAACACCAACACAAAAACAAACAGCAGCAGCAGCAGCAGCAGCAGCAGCAGCAACAAAGACAGCAAAUAGAAUAAAAGCAAACCAGGCUGCUGCUGAUACAAACAGAAAUAUACAAAUCAUGGAUAGAGAACCACCACCAACAGACUGCGGCCGCCCUAGAAGGAGAGCAGCAGACAGAGCAGCAGCAGCAAUUCUUGCUGCUGCUGCUCCCCAUUCUGAAGGUUUCUUAGUCUUUGAUAUCCCUAGACACGCCACGCUGCAGCUGCAGCUGCAGCAGCAGCAGCAGCACCUGCUGCAGCAGCAGCAGCAGCAGCAGCAGCAGCAGCAGAGGCGACGGUCUGUGAAAAGCACUGAGAGCGGGAGCGAUGGUGUGGGGUCCAGCAGCUGCAGCAGCAGCAGCAGCAGAAGCAGCAGCAGCAGCAGCAGAGGCGACGGUCUGUGA